AUGAGUGAAGAAACAGUAUUUACACCUAGAGGAGCCCUUCUGGAAAGGAUUGUCCGUAAAUGCAAUGUGUGCAGGGGCACCCGUGAUGAGGUACCUUUCAUUGUCCGAGACAGAACCCAAGGAGGACAUACUUGCUGCAGUUGUAAUGAAAAGGGGAGAGCUGCAGAGAUGACUCCAGUGCAUUUGAGUUCUCCUAGGUAUGUUGAACAUGAGCAGCAGGAAUGUUAUGAAAGUGGGGCCAGUCUCAGAAACACAUUUCACACCUAUCCUCGUGAGAGUACCCAGUUAGGAAAGAAUAAUUUGGGAUAUAAGAGAUAUGCUGAGCAUCAGAGAAUCCACAGUGGAGAGAAGCCUUAUGAAUGUCAAGAGUGUAGUAAGACUUUCCAAUGGAAAUCAUACCUCAGUCAACAUCAGAGAAGUCACACUGGAGAGAAGUCUUAUGAAUGUCAAGAGUGUAGGAAGACUUUCCUCUGGAAAUCAUCUCUCUGUCACCAUCGGCGAAGUCACACUGGAGAGAAACCCUAUUAUUGUGAAGAGUGUGGGAAAGCUUUUUCUAGGAAGUCAUCCCUCAGUGUCCAUCAGAGAAGUCACACUGGAGAGAAACCCUAUGAAUGCAAAGGGUGUGGGAAAGCUUUUUCCAGUAAGUUUUACCUCAGUGAGCAUCAGAGAAUUCACACUGGAGAGAAGCCUUAUGAAUGUCAAGAGUGUAGGAAGACUUUCCAGUGGAAAUCAUCCCUCACUAAACAUCAGAGAAUUCACACUGGAGAGAAAUCCUAUGAAUGUCAAGAAUGUGGGAAGGCUUUCCGCCAGAAAUCAUCCCUCAGUAAACAUCAGAGAAGUCACAGUGGGGAGAAGCCUUAUGAGUGUCAAGAGUGUGGGAAAAUUUUUUCCAAUAAGCAAGCUCUAACUGGACAUCAGAGAUGUCACUGGACAAAAUCCCUAUGA